AUGCCAAUCAAGCCUCCCCUGCCAACUCUGGUUUGCGCAACAUGCGCUGGCCAGAAGAUUCUGGUGCCCCUGUCCAUGAGCGAGCAGAGCGACAGCGACGCGACACUGGACAUUGCAUUCAGCUGGGAGCACAUGGUCGACGCAGAAGCUCUCAUGAAUUCACUGGCAAAGGCAUUGAGUCACUUUCCUUGCUGCACCGGGCGAUUCGUUCGCAGGCAAGUCUUCGUGGAGCCUGCCGCCGGAGUGAAGGUGAAGCAGCCCCGGCUUUGCAUUUUGUGCAACAACGCCGGGGUCAGCUUCAGCCAUAGUCGCUAUGAUGGCAAAAGACCAUCUGUCCUUGGCCCCAUUACCGGUCUGUUUGACCGAGCAGUUGGUACUCUGGCAAAGGCAGAUGGCAAAGGUGGGCCACUCCUCAGGGUCAAACUCCUGGAAUGCGAGGACGGCCAGAUCCUGGCACUGAGCUUCUCUCAGGGACUCGCAGAUGUGGAGGGCAUAGGCUUUUUUCUGCAAGCAUGGUGCCAUACUCAUCGGGGUGAGGAACCAGGGCCAGCAUCUCUUGAUGCCCGUGUUGUGUUAGAAGGUGCAGUGAACAAUGGAUUCCCAAAGCUGGACUCCGCGUUCACCUAUCUGCAUAGACGUGAGCUUGCCACGAGAGCGGCCACGGCAAAAGCGGCGGCCGCCGCUGCAGCCGAAAGGCUUGGUGUCACCACUUUCUUGCUGGACUGGGACGAGCUUCGAACCCUGGCUGACGACUUUUCGCGGAAACUGCGAGGUCGGCGCUUGAUUUACGAUUCUGAGACGCUCUCCCAUGCAGAGGUAGCUUUUGCACUUGUGGUUGAGGCGCUCGGCAAGGCCGUCUCUGCCAGCGUAUGGUUGGACUAUCGCGUCACAUUUGGCUUCGACCGCCUGUUUGGGCACGUUCGUGGCAUUGCGGACGUGGAUUUGCCUGCUGACCAUGUGCAAGCAGCUGCAGUGAUCCGAAAGAAGCUCCAGAUUGCCAAAGACAGUCCAGACUUUUGGUGCUGGAAGGCGCAGCAAUACAAAACCUGCCCAGUGGAGCCAAGCGCUGAGAUCAUCUUCUCAUCCUGGCUCGAGGCUGCCGACCUUCGAAAAGUCAACUUCGGCGGCAAAACUUCAGGAUCAGGUUUGGGGAGCGGCUUCUGGCAGUGGUGGACCAGCAACCCUGAGGCGCCAGGCAGGUUGGGCGGGUGGCCACAUGCUGUUGUGGCAAUCUACUGUGAAUGCACGGUUACGCUCAGGGACAUCGGGGGACGCCACCAACGACGUCGGGCGAACGUUCCAAUGCUUGGGGCUGAGCUGGAAGAGCAGGUCGCGCAGCUGAAGCUUAAUGCUGUUUAUCGCAUGUCACAUGGAAGCCAUGUUUUGCACACUGGCCUUCCCGAUGGGACGUCGACACCAUUGGAAGCGCUGGAAGACUUGGACCGCGUGGAGCUGGAGGACAAGGAUGUGCAGCAGCAGAGCCUCAUCAGGCGAGCUACCACGAGACAGCUGCACCGAGCGCAGGAUGCGAAGCCGUUCGUUCCUGCGGCUGUCCUAGCAGUGGUGAUCGGUGUCUGCUCAGUAGUUCCAUACAACAUGGUCUUGCGAGGAGAUCCUGGCUCACCCCUCUUCAUCUCCUUCUGCUUGCAUUUGGCGAUCAUUGGUGGCAGUCUGCAUCGGGCAAAGUCUCUGAUCAUGGAACGAAGUAUUCCGCUCAGAUACCAUGCAGCAAUUGUUCUGUUGGGAUGCAGCUUCACGAGUUUCAAGUCGGACGCAUACGUCCGGUUGCCAGCAUCUGUUUGCAUGAUGCUGUCAAACCUGCGCAUGAUGGUGGGCGUGGUUGUCCAGUAUGCUCUGUUCCGGAAGAGAUACUCCUUCUCACAACUGUUUGGCGUCUUUAUUGUGACGGUUGGCAUCGCUUGGGCCAGUCAGGCCAUGCAGUCAGCAAGCGCGGCACGAAGCACCGCAGCGUCUACGGGUGCUGCUUCAUCACAUGACUUUGCAGUCGGCUGUGCGGAAGUGCUGGUAUCCUCGGUGUCCCUGGCACUUUUGAGUUCCACCGUCAAGAUUGCCUUUGAGAAGUUUGGUGAGAGCGUCGAGGAGCAAAUUUUCAUGCAGCAUCUUUGCGGGAUAUUUAUUGUCUUCCCCAGCCAAUGGGACAAAGUGGGCCCAAGAAUCGUGGAGUGGUAUCAGAGGCCUGACUGGUGGCUCAUCCUUAACUUAUUGCUGUCCGUGACUUCAACAUUUGCAGCACGGGCUGCAGCCGCACGCAUGGCUGGCCGCUCGCCAAGCCUGCUCAUGACACAGCUGGUGCAGACCAUCGAAUGCUUCUCCCAGUUACUGCUUGUCGCGCUGAUCAGAGCACCGCCGUUUCCACCUGUCGGUUUUUGGCUGGGCACGCUGGUGCUCCUGAUCGGGACGCUUCAAUAUCUUCGUGCGUCAGCGGAUGUGCCAAAGCCUCCUGUCCGCUCUGACGAAGUGAGCGUGCCUGCAAAGGAGCAAUGA